AAAGUGAAUUUUUACUAGGAUUAAAUGUCAGGAAUUGUGAAAAACUGAGUUUAAAUGUAUUUGGCUAAGGCGUAUGUAAACUUCCUGACUUCAACUGUGUGUAGAUGAGAUAGAUAGAAUAGAUAUGUACAUGGUGAUUUCUGGUUCUUUCUUUUGUCUCACUCCUCUCUCUCCCUUUCUUCAGACACCCCAAUGGUUAAGUGUAUAUAAAAACAUGCUCACUUUAAUAUAUAAAUUAAAUGUAGUUGUUUUUGUUGAUGGAUUGAGUGUUUUUUUUUGUGUGUUUAUUUUAACAAAAGUGAUCCAAAGCAUGCUUGCUUUGGUACGAAAAACUGUGGUUGUGUCUGAAAUCUUUCUAGCCUACUGCUUACUAAUCAAAUUAAUUUAUAUAGCCCUUCUUACAUCAGCUGAUAUCUCAAAGUGCUGUUCACAGAAACCCAGCCUAAAACCCCAAACAGCAAGCUAAAAUCUACUAGCCAUACUACAUACGGAUAUACUAGUAAAACGCAGUAUUAAACGUCAAACAAAUAUCAACAUACUGGCUCAAACGACAGAAAAGAAGCAGCGGACAGAAGCGGCUGGUUGGUCACAGUUUCUGGCGGACGUUUUAUGGUGUUACACAGCAAUACCGGUACGUGCCAUUUUUCGUUUGUCAAACUGAGCACAAUGCUAGCCAGCAGCUAACAAAAUGAGUUUGUUUUUGGCCAAGUUGUCAUGCAAAAAUGACAUAGACGAGGUAAUAAAAACUGUCGCUGAAAAGGUUUUAGUUCUUCGGUUUGGCAGAGAUGAAGAUUCGGUCUGCCUGCAGCUUGACGAGAUUUCUGUCUGAAUCGGGAAUGACAGUGUUGUCAUUCUUUUGCCAGCUGUCCAAAACCUCCCACAACCUGAGUAACAUGGCGUCUAUCUACAUCGUGGAUGUGGACUCAGCUCCCGUCUACACGAGAUACUUCGACAUCAGCUACAUCCCAUCUACCGUCUUCUUCUUCAACGGACAACACAUGAAGGUUGAUUAUGGGUCUCCAGAUCACACCAAGUUUGUGGGCAGUUUUAAGACCAAGCGGGACUUCCUGGAUCUGAUCGAGGUGAUCUACAGAGGAGCUAUGAGAGGGAAGAUGAUCGUCCAGAGUCCCAUCGACCCUCAGAACAUCCCCAAGUACGACCUGCUCUACCAUGGGAUCUAACCCCAUCAUAACCAUGGGAUCUAAACCCCAUCACGACCUGCUCAACCAUGGUAUCUAUACCCCAUCACGACCUGCUCAACCAUGGUAUCUAUACCCCAUCACGACCUGCUCAACCAUGGGAUCUAACCCCAUCACGAACUGCUCAACCAUGGGAUCUAACCCCAUCACGACCUGCUCAACCAUGGGAUCUAACCCCCAUCACGACCUGCUCAACCAUGGGAUCUAACCCCCAUCACGACCUGCUCAACCAUGGGAUCUAACCCCCAUCACGACCUGCUCAACCAUGGGAUCUAGACCCCAUCACGACCUGCUCAACCAUGGAAUCUAACCCCCAUCACGACCUGCUCAACCAUGGGAUCUAACCCCCAUCACGACCUGCUCAACCAUGGGAUCUAACCCCCAUCACGACCUGCUCAACCAUGGAAUCUAGAUUUCCCCACCCUUCAGCGCGGUUACAAGCACCCUGGCUGCAGAUCUCGUCGGGAGGCCCGACAGCACGGUUUGAGCGCUCAAGCUGCCGACAAUUCGUGUGAAAAGAAAACGUCUUGACAAGCACAGAACGGAUUGGCCCGGCCUGGACAAUUGUGGUAUUGACGUUAUCAAGAGACACACCGCUGUAGCUGGCGCCAUCUCACUUGACCAUUCAUACUGAUGUACUGUUUCAGGAAACUGUCCAUAACCUCAGGUUGAUAUGUCCUAGGGGAAAAUAGAUCUCUAUAAGAGACAGAUACAUGUCAGAGUGGACAAUAUCCUUUAUUUCAUACAACGAAGACUCAUUUACAGCUGGAUAGUCUUGUUGCCUCUUGUUUUAUAGUGGGAAUGUUGAAUCUAAUGUAUGUUUGGUGAAAAGGUCUGACCCCUUUUUUUGAACUUUUUUGUUUAAUAAAUGUGUCACUUCAAAUAA